GAUGUCAUCUAACAAGUUCCCUGGAUCAUCUGGGUCGAAUAUGAUCUACUAUCUGGUUGUAGGUGUCACGGUCAGUGCUGGUGGAUACUAUACUUACAGGACAGUAACAUCAGAGCAAGUCAAACACACUGGACAUAUAAAAAAUUUGAAAGAAAAAAACAAAGCAGAGUUACAGCCACUUCAAGGUGAACAAGAGAACCUGGAGGGAGUGGAGAAAGCAAGUUCAGCAGCCCCUGAAGUAUCUUCGGAGGAAGCUCAGGUGGUGGAUGCUGAAGAAAGCUCGGAUGCUGCAGCAGCAGCCCCUGAAGUAUCUUCGGAGGAAGCUCAGGUGGUGGAUGCUGAAGAAAGCUCGGAUGCUGCAGCUGCAGGCAGAGUAGAGGAGGCGUCAGCCUGUCCCGACGCUGUGGAGGCUGCUCAGGUGGAGAUCACCGCGGUCGGUGCUGAACCGGGGCCAGAGGUUCCAAAUGCCGCCGCCUGCGAAAGCACCCAAGUCAGCACCGGAACGACCUCGGAGGUCACCAGUGCAGCUCCGGAUGAAGCCGUUGCCAUCAGUAAUGAUAAAGGUACAGCCGAGAACGAAAGCUCUGAUGAAUAUGCUGAACUGGAAGAAGAAAAUUCUCCAGUUGAGUCAGAACCCUCUGCUGGGGGUGUUUUACAGGAAGAAGCCAGUGUUGGUGCUGAGGCCACGACUCAAGGCUAAUCUUGCGGAUUCACACUCAGCAUAAACGCCAUAGCAAGUCUGAUAGGUGCUUUUGUAGUUUUAGUCAUCUUAGUUUUAGUGUGUGUUUUUUUUAAAGGCUACUUUUCUAGAAGACUCUAAUGUGCCUUGAAGGUGUUUGGUAUCUGCUGAUAGGUUUCAGGGUUAAGACAUUUGAGAUUACACGUGUCUGAAGGUUCCUAGUCUCUGAGGUCAGAAUAUGACACUGCAGUCAAGAGCUUUAAGAGUUCCACCUUUGGAUUUAAGUUUUAUAUCAUAGGAAUCGAGCUAUCUACACAACCUGCAUCCACUCUAACUUUGCCGUGCCCUUACCUUACUGUAAUGUACGUAAAUGUAGAUUCUCAAGUUUUGAUUUGAACUCAUUUAAAUAAAAUUUAAAAAUA